UACGAUGUUUGUCGUCUGUUGCUGUUGCCGUUCAUCACGUUAAUAUUUUGUCGGCUUCAGGUUAUAAAAUAAACGUUAACAAGAUUUUUUCGCUAAUUCCACUCUGUGUAUCGAUCUCACGUUGAUAACAGUUAAAACACUAAGUCGAGUUUCUCCAAAAGAAUUUUCACCUCGUCACAAGAUGGUAUUGACCAAAGAAUAUCGCAUUUGCAUGCCUCUCACCGUGGAAGAGUAUCGAGUUGGUCAACUUUAUAUGAUCGCAAGACAUAGCCAUGAACAAUCAGCAGAUGGCGAAGGCGUCGAAGUCGUAGAGAAUUGUGAAUGUGAAGAUCCAGAGCAUGGGAAGGGACGAUUUACGGAAAAAAGAAUUCACCUUUCUAGCAAACUUCCGUAUUGGGUACAGUCAAUAAUCCCAAGGAUAUUUUAUGUGACUGAAAAAGCGUGGAAUUAUUAUCCGUUUACUAUAACAGAAUAUACUUGCUCCAUCAUUCCAAAAUUUCAAAUAUAUAUUAAAACACGUUAUGAGGAUAAUAACGGUUCGACAGAAAAUUGUUUGGGUCUAUCUCCCGUAGAACUUGUACAUCGAGAAGUUGAUUUCAUCGAUAUUGCAUAUGAUGAAAUAUCUGCAAAACAUUACAAGGAAGAGGAGGAUCCCAAGUUCUUUCAGUCAAAAAGAACGGGUCGAGGUCCUUUGAUAGAAGGUUGGAAAGACACAACCCAGCCUAUAAUGUGUUCCUACAAAGUAGUAAAUGCUUCCUUCGAAGUUUGGGGACUGCAAACUCGAGUUGAAGAGUUUGUGCAAAGGUGGAUCCGCGACAUUUUAUUGCUGGGUCAUCGCCAGGCAUUCGCCUGGAUUGACGAUUGGUACGACAUGACGUUUGAAGAUGUGAGACAGUAUGAGGUAAAAAUGCAGGCAGAAACAAAUGAGAAGGUUCAAGCGCGGAUCGACGGACUGGACCUCAACACGACCGGACCUACUCCGGCUUCACCCACAACUUCUAUACCAUCUUCGCCGACCUGCAAAACACCAACGCAGGAAACGGCUCGAUCUUGGUACUCCUGGUUGUAGCCACAUGCUGCCACCUUCUAUCGCAAUAUUUACCGUUAUUUAAUUCUUUUAGAUUCAAAGUGAUAACUUGUAAUCCUUGCGGGGAGCGUCCAUUAAUUGCUCGAGGCUUUUUCAGACUGAGGGGGUUCAAUUCUGGGGAUUUUUCUAUCUUAGAUUCAUGAAAAAAUUACUCUAUUUCCCCUUUUUCAAUUCCCAGGAUUUUUCAGUUCAAGAUUUUUGAAAAACCUUACCUCCUUACCUCCUUUCCCCUUUUCUCUUUAAAUAAACGAUAUUUUAAAAUACGGUAUUUGAAUUACGCGGGGAAAUUUGUCUUUUCGUAUUGCGCAUGCGUCGCGUCAAAAGUUGGAUUGGUUACCAGUGGCGCGCUUAUUUAAAAUGAUUAAAUUCAAAAGAAAAUUUGUUUGCAAAAAUAAUAGUUCUAAAAUUAUAAAAACUAAUUCUUUGAUCACUAAAUAAACUUAUAAAGUGAAACGUUAAAUGAUUAUUCAAUUUUUAUUCCUUAAAAAUAUAUAAUCGAUUUUUAAUUUAAAUAAAGGAAGACCAUUAAAUAAAUAGCGAAAAUCAUUUCAAAUAAGCGCGAAAUUUAGCCAAUCCGGUUGUUGACGUUACGAAUGCGCAUUAUCAAAAGAUUACAAAAUUAUGAAUAUUAUCGGAAAGUAGCCUCGAGUUUUAAUUGUAAAAUUUUAACUUGAUUUGGC